AUGGCUGAUACGGAUAGAGGUUUACGGAGAUUGAACUUGGGCAUUGCGUUGAUGUUGGCUGCUUCAGCUACAUCAGGGUAUAAUGCUAGUCAGAUCAAUAGUUUGCUUGUCUUACCUGAAUUUGCUGCUUUUUUGAAGGGUUUCAGUACCAACGCAGAAGGUCUCAUCAUCGCCGCUGUUUCGCUAGGUUCCUUUUUAGCCUUUAUUCCUGCCUCAUACGUUGCCGACAGACUAGGCCGUCGUCCUUGUGUUGCUAUCGGUGCCACACUUGUCAUUCUUGCUUCGAUCAUCCAGGUGGCAGUCAAACAUCCCUGGGUAUUCUUCGGUGCCCGUGUCGUCACCGGAGCAGGCGUCGGGUUUUCACAAACAGCUGCACCGUUGCUCAUCGCCGAAGCAGCCCAUCCCCGCCAACGAGCAGUCCUUACCGGUCUUUAUAACGCAAUCUGGUUUUGUGGGUCGAUCACUGCUGCUGGCAUCGCGUUUGCUACACUGGGUAUCCAGAACAGCUGGUCAUGGCGGGUUCCAUGUAUGCUACAAUGUCUGUAUCCCAUCUUCCAGUUAGCGGGACUCUGCAUCAUUCCCGAGAGUCCUAGGUGGCUGGUUUCCAAGGACCGGAAGGGCGAAGCGAGAGCCAUGCUUGUGCGAUACCAUGGAAACGGAGAUCUGAGCAGUGCGCUUGUUCAGGAGGAAUACGAUCAGAUCUGCAGCAGUAUCAAUGCUGAAGCGGAUCUGAAGUCUUGUUCCGGCUGGAGUGCUUUCCUCAAGUCUCGAGGAGAUGUUCAUCGUUUGUCAAUCUGUAUCCUUAUGGGAUUUAUGCAAGAAUGGACUGGAAACGGUGUCACCUCUUACUAUCUCCCUCCCAUUUUGGCUUCAGUGGGAAUUAAAAAUGCCGCUCACCAAGCAGCAGUGAACAUCAGUCUUCAAGUCUGGAAUCUGAUCUUCGCCGUUGGCGGAGCCAGCACCUCAGACCGAUACGGUCGCCGUGUUCUCUGGCUCAGCGCCACAACACUAAUGAUGAUCUUCCUAUCCGCAUCAACUGUCAUGACGGGUUUGUUCUCCGAGCUGCACAUCAUCGAAGCCGGUAUCGCGGUUAUCCCCAUGCUGUUCCUCUUCUGCGCCGCAUACGACUUUGCAUAUAUGCCUCUAUUCAUCGCCUACCCAGCCGAGAUCCUUCCAUUUCAACUUCGCGCCAAGGGUCUUGCUAUAACCCUGACUACCGAUUCGCUGGCAUGCUUCUUCAAUCAGUACGUCAACCCAGUAGCGUUUUCUGUCCUGCGCUGGAAAUACUUCACCAUCUAUAUUGGUUGCCUGGUUGUGUUCCUGGGUGUGGUAUACUUCCUCUUCCCAGAAACGCAAGGACGGUCUCUGGAGGAUGUCGCGAGGAUUUUCGAAGACGGAAAGGUUAUUCAGGUGAUUUCACCUGUUGACUCCGAGGGCGAGGGGGAGUCAGAGAAGUCUUUUGAGAAGACUUCUUUUGCGGUCAAGUCGGACCUGUGA